CCCAUUGGUGGACGCGAGCUGCGUUAUCACAUUUGCGAGAAAAUCCUAAAAAUACUUGUCCCCGUGGUGUGCUUCGAAAGGUUACGUAUCGAGGAAGCCCGUUGAGGUGUAGGCGCCGACGAAGACCCCACUUCUUCCGACCCAAACGAUAACCGCCGUGCGGAAUCGAAACCGAGGAGGUGAAGCUGCGACUAUCACGUUUCGAAGAUCCAACGGCUAAACGUUUCAUCGAACACGACACCGCCGACUCGCUGUGACGCUACGAAGACGGCAGCAAGAAAACACCGGUGCGUUUAAUUAGUGAUACCUUCACGUUACGACGUGCAACGAACCGACAUGAUGGGGGACGUCGGGGCACACGCCGAUGGCUACAUGGAACAGGAAGAGGAGUGGGAGCGAGAAGGGCUUCUGGACCCGGCAUGGGAAAAACAGCAGCGCAAGACCUUCACAGCUUGGUGCAACUCUCACCUGCGCAAAGCUGGCACACAGAUCGAGAACAUUGAGGAGGACUUCCGGAAUGGACUGAAGCUGAUGCUUCUCCUGGAGGUGAUCUCCGGUGAAACGUUGCCCAAGCCCGACAGGGGCAAGAUGCGGUUCCACAAGAUCGCCAACGUGAACAAGGCGCUCGACUUCAUCGCCAGCAAGGGCGUCAAGCUCGUCUCCAUCGGUGCUGAGGAAAUCGUCGACGGAAACGUCAAGAUGACCCUCGGCCUCAUAUGGACCAUCAUUCUGCGUUUCGCCAUUCAGGACAUUUCUGUUGAAGAAAUGACUGCUAAGGAAGGUUUGCUGCUGUGGUGCCAGAGGAAGACUGCUCCUUACAAGAACGUCAAUGUGCAGAACUUCCAUCUCAGCUGGAAGGAUGGUCUGGCCUUCUGUGCCCUCAUCCACAGGCAUAGGCCCGACCUGCUGGACUACGGAAAGCUGAAGAAGGAAAACCCCCUCGAGAACUUGAACCUGGCAUUCGAUGUUGCUGAGAAGCACUUGAACAUUCCCAGGAUGUUGGAUGCCGAAGAUAUGAACAGCACAGCAAUGCCUGACGAACGCGCCAUCAUGACUUACGUUUCUUCCUACUACCACACGUUUGCGGGAGCACAGCAGGCUGAAACUGCCGCUAACCGCAUCUGCAAGGUUCUGAAGGUGAACCAGGAGAACGAAAGACUGAUGGAAGAAUACGAACGUCUUGCCAGUGAUUUGCUGGACUGGAUCCGCCGUACCACCCCGUGGUUGGAGAACCGCACCACGGACAACACCCUUCCCGGCGUGCAGAAGAAGCUGGAGGAGUUCCGUGCGUAUCGCCGUACCCACAAGCCUCCGAGGGUCGAACAGAAGGCCCGGUUGGAGACAAACUUCAACACGUUGCAGACGAAACUGCGUCUGAGCAAUCGGCCCGCUUAUCUGCCCUCCGAAGGAAAGAUGGUCUCGGACAUUGCCAGUGCAUGGAAGGGGCUUGAGACCGCUGAGAAGGGAUUCGAAGAGUGGCUGCUGUCUGAGAUGAUGAGGCUUGAGCGCCUGGACCAUCUGGCUCAGAAGUUCAAGCACAAGGCAGACAUCCACGAGGAAUGGACCCGCGGCAAGGAAGAAAUGCUUCAGAGCCAAGACUUCCGUCAGUGCAAGCUCAACGAAGUGAAGGCCUUGAAGAAGAAGCACGAGGCAUUCGAGAGUGACUUGGCAGCUCACCAGGACCGUGUGGAACAGAUCGCUGCCAUUGCCCAGGAGCUCAAUGCCCUGGGGUACCACGAUGCUGCGUCUGUGAAUGCUCGCUGCCAGAGAAUCUGUGACCAGUGGGACCGUCUUGGAACGCUCACUCAAAAGAGGCGCAGUGCUCUUGAGGAAGCCGAACGUGUUCUGGAGAAGAUCGAUCACCUACACCUUGAGUUUGCCAAGAGGGCUGCUCCCUUCAACAACUGGCUCGAUGGAGCUCGCGAAGACCUCGUUGACAUGUUCAUUGUCCAUACAAUGGAAGAGAUUCAGGGCCUGAUCAAUGCUCACGAGCAGUUCAAGCAGACACUGGGUGAAGCUGACAAGGAGCACAAGGCCAUCGCUGGUCUUGCUCAGGAAGUGCAGAGCAUUGCCACCCAGUAUCACGUGCCAGGUGGUAUUGAGAACCCCUACACUACCCUCAAUGCGCAGGUCAUUACCAACAAGUGGACUGACGUGAAGCAGCUGGUACCAAAGAGGGAUCAGGUUCUGCAGACUGAAGUGAUGAGGCAGCAGUCAAACGAAAGGCUGCGUCGCAAGUUUGCUGAGAAAGCCAAUGCUGUGGGUCCCUGGAUUGAACGCCAAAUGGAUGCUGUUGCCGCCAUUGGCAUGGGCAUGCAGGGAUCACUCGAAGAUCAACUGCGUCGUCUCCACCAGUAUGAACAAUCUGUCGUCCAGUACAAGCCACACAUGGAUGAACUGGAGAAGACUCACCAGGAAAUUCAAGAGGCCAUGAUCUUCGAAAACCGAUACACUCAGUACACGAUGGAGACCCUGAGAGUAGGCUGGGAGCAGCUGCUGACUUCUAUUCACCGUAACAUCAAUGAAGUCGAGAACCAGAUUCUGACGAGGGACUCUAAGGGCAUCUCCCACGAGCAGCUCAACGAAUUCCGUGCCUCGUUCAACCACUUCGACAAGAACAGGACGGGACGCUUAGCUCCGGAGGAGUUCAAGUCCUGCCUGGUCAGCCUUGGUUACAGCAUAAGGAAUGACAGACAGGGUGAGGCAGACUUCCGCCGCAUCAUGAGCAUCGUCGACACCAACAACACUGGCUACGUCCAUUUCGACGCGUUCUUGGACUUCAUGACGCGGGAAAGCACUGACAGGGACACCGCCGAGCAGAUCAUCGACUCCUUCAGGAUUCUUGCUGGAGACAAGCCGUACAUCACGCCGGAUGAGCUGCGCCGUGAGCUUCCCCCCGACCAGGCGGAGUACUGUAUUCAACGCAUGACCCCCUACAGGGGACAUGGAAGCGUCCCCGGAGCUCUCGACUACAUGUCCUUCUCCACAGCCCUCUACGGCGAGAGCGAUCUCUAAGCAGAAGAUACCUUGGAGUACGACUAGCGCUAAUUUAUUUACCACCACACUUCCCAUCUCUGGGUCGGAAGAAGAGGGGGGGAAGCUGUUCCUAGAGUUGGGCGUUCUCCGCGAAAGUUACUAGUUUCACUGCUUUUUAAAUAAUUUUUUUUUUAGGUUCUCCAGGGAGAUGGGAAUGCGAUACUUAUUUAAGCGAAUUGGUACGAAUACAUUUUGAUAUAUUGACAAGCAAAAUCUCCAACAAAGUUUAAAAUAAGAUGGUAAUUCUCACAAAUAUGACAUUGGGCAGAGGUUCACCGAAGCACGUCUCUUGGUUGUGGCGUCGUCUGCUAAAGCUGCGUCUGUUGUGGUACAUAACUGCUUUCGGUGAACCUUCUGGAUGCAUUGUUUUGUGAGGAGCUUUUGAGGAUGUCAAACUAUACCUUCCUCAAUUGACAUUGGUGAACCUGGGCUGGGUUGACCCAUAGCUAGACUGACCAAACAGUUGUUGCUUUUUUUUUCUUCUCUACCCGAUAUUUAUGUGGAGUGUUCGAGGCUACCUGUAAGAACACGUGAGAAUACACAAUGAAAUUUGCAUCCGGGCUGACGGCUUCUAUGCAUCUUCAAAAUAUCUUUUGCCGUGUGUGUGUGGGUGCUGGAGCAAUACAACUGCCAAAUCAUCUCGUCGACCACGGUACACAUACGUCAAGCAGUCUACCGCAAGUGCACCUUCUUUUUCUAAAGACUUUUUACCGACGGACUUUUUAAGGACAUUUAUACACUACGAUAGUUUGGGGGGGUAGAACGUAAAAUCCGUUGUACACUUUGUGACUUCCUCAAGCCCAAGUUUUUCGUUUUUUUCUUUUCUCAGAAAUGAGGGAAUUCGAGAGCCUUUCUUUUUAUUUCAGAAUGUGUUUUUCUUAACCGUACACUAGUCUAUAUUGAUAUAUUUACCAUGUAACAAACUGAAAAAAGAUGGGUGUCCCAUUUUCGGUGGCCCAUGCAUAUGGAAGAGUUUACACGCUGGUCUAAUUUAUGGUUUAUGACACUACACCAGCAAGACAAUGGAUUCUGUGUGCGUAUGUGUGUGUGUGCAUGAGUUUGUGUGUCUGUGCAGGAAACUAUUUCUGUUCUUCAGGAUCGAAAUUAGAUUUUUUUUUUUUGUCUUGCAUAAUAUGUGCAAUCAUAUCUGUAAAAAUAAAAUCCACUAUGUGCCAAUACCUACCAUACUAGAUGCAUUGCUGCACUGCUUAAACAAUUUCUUGUUUUGUUUGCAAAGAAAAUAGUCAAAUUUGCUGGGCUGUAGUGCUUGACUGCAUGCCUACAAGUUUGGGAAGGGUCAGACUUUAUUCUGGUCUGCGAAGGUGAAGUGUCAUCUCCUGUUCACAAAGAAAAUAAAUUCAGUGUACACAAGA